AUGACCACAGAGAAAAGAGAUGCAGACACCCUAAUUAAAGUUGUUGUUGUAGGUGAUGGAACAGUUGGAAAGACAUGUUUGUUAAUCAGUUAUACGAAGAACUCAUUCCCUAAAAAAUAUCUUCCAACUGUAUUUGAUAAUUAUCUUGCAAAAGUUCAAUAUAAAAAGCAAGAAGUGAUGAUGGAAUUAUGGGAUACAGCUGGUCAAGAAGAAUUUGAUCGUAUAAGACCCUUAUCUUAUAAAGAUACUGACAUAUUUUUAUUAUGUUUUGCAGUGGACAAUGAUCGUUCAAUUAAAAAUAUUACAUCAAAGUGGGUACCUGAAGUAAAACAUCAUUGCUCUAGCGGUAAACUUUUAGUUGUUGGAACAAAAGCUGAUUUGAGAAAUAGUGCAGAACAUCAAUUAAAAUUACAGCAAAAAGGAGAGUCAUUUGUUUCAGCUGCUGAAGGCCAAGAAUUAGCUGAAAAAAUUGGAGCUGUUGGUUAUUGUGAAUGUUCUGCUUUAACACAAGAAGGUCUUCACGAUGUUUUCAAUAAAGUUAUUGAAUCUACAUUGAAUGUUAAAGAUGUUAAGGAAAGGAAAAUGUGUUGCUUGCUUUAA